AUGGUGAGAGGAAAAACCCAGAUGAGGCGCAUAGAGAACGCCACCAGCCGGCAAGUCACCUUCUCAAAGAGGAGAAGUGGUCUUCUAAAGAAGGCCUUUGAGCUUUCAGUUCUUUGUGAUGCUGAGGUUGCGCUCAUAAUAUUCUCUCCAAGGGGAAAGCUCUAUGAAUUUGCAAGUUCGAGCAUGCAGACAACCAUAGAACGUUAUCAGAAGCAUACAAAAGACAACCUUACCAACAACAAAUCCGUUUCCACUGACCAAAAUAUGCAGCACCUGAAGCAAGAAUCAUCUAGCAUGAUGAAGCAGAUAGAGUUUCUUGAAAUAUCAAAACGGAAGCUCUUGGGAGAGGGUCUAGGAUCAUGCAGUAUUGAAGAGCUACAAGAAAUUGAGCAACAGUUGGAGAGGAGCGUGAGCAAUGUUCGAGCAAGAAAGACUCAAGUUUUCAAGGAACAGAUUGAGCAACUGAGAGAAAAGGGGAAAGCCCUAGCAGCUGAAAAUGAAAGACUAAUUGAGAAGUGUGGUAGAAUCCAACCAAGGCAAGCAUCAAAUGAGCAAAGAGAAAACUUAGCCUACACUGAAAGUAGUCCAAGUUCAGAUGUUGAGACUGAAUUGUUCAUUGGACUGCCAGAAAGAAGAAAGCGCUAG